UGAUCAAUGGUCAGUCGUCGGUCACCACUGUUCAGCAAACGAUCACACUUGCAACCGGAGCACUAACAGUAACAGAACACAGUCGAACGAAACGGCUGAGAACGAUAUUCACGAUGAAGGGUUUGUUAUACGCGGUGUGCGCGAUCGGUCUGUGCGCUCACGCUUUUGCCAGCGAAGAAGCGAAGAAGGACUCGGCUAAGGUAGAACCAAAGGCCGCCACAGCCGCGGACUCCAGCAAAGGCAAGAGGCAUCUCUCGGCAUUCGGUUACGGUGGUUACGAAUCUGACGGCGGUUACGAGUCGUACGGCAUCGGCGGCGCCAGCUAUGGAUCCGGUUACGUCGCGCAUGACAUUGGCUACCACGGCCACGCUCAAUUGUUAUCCAAGACCAUCGUCAAGGAAGUCGGACACCCGUACCCCGUGCCCGUCGAGAAGCACGUGCCAUACCCCGUAAAGGUUGCCGUGCCCGUCGACCGCCCGUACCCGGUGCACGUACCUCGCCCAUACCCAGUGCACGUUGAGAAACCUGUGCCUUACGCCGUCAAAGUGCCCGUGCCACAGCCGUACGCAGUCUACAAGGAAGUACCGUACCCAGUGAAGGUGCCCGUCGACAGACCAUAUGCCGUCCACGUACCGAAGCCCUACCAGGUGGUCGUCGAGAAGCACGUCCCGUACCCAGUCGAGAAGCACGUCCCAUACCCAGUCAAGGUACCCGUUGACCGUCCAUACCCCGUACACGUACCAGUUGAGAAGCACGUCCCGUACCCAGUCGAGAAGCACGUCCCGUAUCCCGUCCACGUACCCGUCGACCGCCCGUACCCGGUGACAGUCGAGAAGCACGUCCCAUACACAGUCGACAGACCCGUCCCAUACCCAGUCGAGAAGCACGUCCCAUACCCAGUCAAGGUGCCCGUCAAGGUCGCAGUACCAGUACCCUACGAAGUGCCCAGCCACGAUGAAUACCACGGCAGCAGCUCUUACGAAAGCUCAUCGUCGUACGGUAACUCAUACGGACCGUCCCACGGUAGCGUUUCAUACAGCAACUCUUACGGACCAUCUCACGGCGCCUCGUCAUACGGCUCAACGUCUUACGGAUCGUCUCACGGCAGCUCUAUGACCAAGGAAAUGCAUGUGUAUCUAGCUGACAAGGUCUGUCCGUCGGCGGAGGCGGGGUGGGGCGAGCGAAAAACCGGCCUCCGCGACGAGUCGGCGGCGGCGGCGGUGGAGGUGGCGGCGGCGGCUGAAAGCUACAUAACCGGCGGACGCCGACGACCGGGCAACACUCACGUCCAGUCCGAUCAGCCGACACCUACCUGUUCUCUCAGACGCUGUUGUCGUCGUUCGUCGUCGUCACAUAACAACCCGAUCGCCGCAAUCACCACCACCACCACCACCACCACCGCCAUGAGAUUCACGUUGUUCGCGGCGUGCGCGCUGGCGCUUUGCGCACACUGUCUGGCCGGCGGCGACGCUAAGGACGCCGCGGCGGACGGCAAGUCGCAGGGCAAGAGGAGCCUGUUCGACACCGGUUACGGUUUCGGCGGCGCGUCCGCCGACAUCCUGUCCGCGGGCUACGGCCACGGGCUCGUGUCGGCCGGCGGCUACGGCGCGGGUUACGCCGACUUCGGCGACCACGACUCGUACGGCGCACACGCCUCGUACCAACACCACGUGCCCGUCAAGACCAUCACCAAGAGCGUGGCCCUCCCGUACCCGGUCGAGGUGGCCAAGCCGUACCCGUACCCCGUCAAGGUGGCCGUACCCGUCGACCGCCCGUACGCCGUAGACGUGCCACAGCCGUACGCCGUGCACGUCGCCAAACCGUACCCCGUCAAGGUGCCGGUGCCACAUCCGUACCCCGUCGUCAAGGAAGUUCCAGUGCCCGUCAAGGUGCCCGUCGACCGCCCGUACCCAGUGCCCGUCGAGAAACACAUCCCGUACCCGGUCGAGAGGGCCGUGCCGUACCCGGUUGAGAAGCACAUCCCGUAUCCCGUCAAAGUGCCUUACAAAGUGCCGGUCGCCGUUCCAUACCCAGUCAAAGCGUACCAACCCGACCACUACGAACACCACGACUACCACCACGGCAGCUCCGGAUACUAAUCCCUUUCCGUCGUAAGCAGCUAGUCACCACCACUAUCCGCCCCCCCCCAAAAAAAAAACACGCACACUAUCGCCCUUUACCCAAAGUUACCAGGUAUUAACUCGCGCGCGCAAUAUGGUAAUGUCAUCAUACUUCUGUUUUUUUUUCUUCGAGCCAAAUCGAAUUCGCCAGAUAGAGAAUAUGUCUCUUUAACGAGUUAACGCGAUAAUAAAAAAAAAAAUAAAAACCAAGUCGCGAAUCGUACCGCCAA